UUCCGGGUUAGAAUGUGUCGGCAGCUUUAGUGUAAAUAAUGUGCCAUUCAAAUUGUUUACGGGCUCGCACCGAACGAUCCAUGCUCUCUUCAUCCUUGUUCGCCUUCCCAAAUGUGUUUUGCGUUGAGCUCUGGGGCUACAACCUGUGUCAAUGAAUGUGGCAUUCACUUACCACCUGUUGAAAAGGAAAGGAUGUUAAAUGACGUAGAUGACAGUGAACUGUAUUUCAAAGCCGGUGAAACUUUCCCCUAUGUUUGUACCUCUGAGUAUACGAAGGGGAAUAGCAGUAGGAUCUGCCUUGCUGAUGGACGCUGGGAACAUGAUCGGCCUCUCUGUGCCAGAAGAAUGUGUACUUUUGAGGAGCCAUGUCCUUAUUUGGAAGAUGCUAGUGAUGCUCUACAUUUUACCAAAUGGAGCAAUUCUACUCCUUCUAACAAUACUGGAUGCAACACUGACCAUACUACAGGUAACGGCUAUUACUACUACCUCGAAGCAUCUGAUACAUACCAUGGAAGCGUUUUUAAAAUGGUCACCUCAAACCCGUUUCCGGCUGGUGAACAGAUAUGCGUUGGACUUUGGUAUCACAUGUAUGGGCAAGGCAUGGGGAAUCUGUCGAUAGAGAUCAGUGAUCAAUCUGGAACACUUAAAACACAAAUGCUCGUCGCAUAUGGUUCGCAGGGAUUUGAAUGGAACUAUUGGUCAACUGUCGUUAACGCCCUCACAUUUGAUGCAUUGAUAGUCAUCACAGGAGUACGUGGUGCCGGGAAAAGGUCAGACAUAUGUUUCGACGAUGUGUUGAUUGACCUGUGCUGAAUAAUACAUAUUCAGUUUCAGUUGACAAUCAAAACACAUAACUGAUAAAGACGAUAUUGAAUGGAACACUAUAAUGUGCUGUAUUCAAAAAUGUGGUAUUUUACUGGAUUGUUUGUCAUGAAGCACGCCAUUUUAAUGAUUGUUCAGUAAUAGCCACUGACUCUAGUAUGACAGUAGUUUUAAAAUGUUGUAAAUAUAAACACAAUGUCCAUUUAAACGAUAUUUACUCUUCUUCAAGCGUUUUCCAAUGUCCAAUACGGUUUGCAUUCAAAUGUAAAUACCUCUAUUAUCUUGGUUACCCGUUAGUCCAGUGUAAGAACCAUCUGGAGAGAGCGAAUAAGGUAAUGUUUUGGCAGAGAGCGUGGACCCUACGGGUGUGUAUGGACGUCGCCAUUUUGUUAACUCUUGUGACCUCUUGAACUGUGUCAGUUGCGGUCAAUUGCAUGAUUAUUCCGUUGUGUAUUGGAGGUAUUGGAAAGACUGGAAUCGUUGGAAAUAUUGGAUGCGUUGGAAAUAUUGGAUUACGAGUCAGAGAGUGAAUGACGGUACGAAAAAGUGUGUAGAUGUGAAUAAUAUGAAAUACUUCUAUAUAUUAAUGUUGAUUUGAUAACUAUUUUUCAUACAAGUUCCAAUGUAGAUCGUCGUGUUUCCUAGAGUUCAGCGGAAACUCCUUUGCGAGCAACGGAUGUGGCGCCAUUACCUCUUCGGAGUCGGCUUGGGAACGGGUGUUGCCCGGUUGAGCUCGUGCGUUGCCCCGUUGAUGCUAGCGUUUUCCUACGUGGGACGUAGGAAUUCCUUGGGGAGUUUGGAAAUCAGUUGCCGUCGGACUUUCAUUUGGGUGGUUGGUUUUAGAGCUGCUGGCGGCUGCUACACUUUUGAAUCGUUCCAAAACCGUGAAGCUGUCAGUAUGCUUGGGUGUAUAGAAUAAGGGAAGCAACUCUUAGAAUAGGAUAUUGGAAUGAACGGGGCAUUAGUAAUAUUUACAUCUGUUGAAGAAAGUUAACAUUUUCUAUCUAAGCGUACUUUUUGAGCUCCAGACUUUUGAGUUUGACUUUAAUCAUUUCUGGAUCUUAGUUUUAUCCAUUUGCUUGCCCUACUAUAUUUCAUAUAGAGUUAGCAUUUCAUAUUAUUCAUUGCAAAUUGCAAUUUCUUUCGAUAUAUUGUCCCUACAUAUAUUAGAAAGCUCUGGUAUCCAGGGUUCAGACAUAGGACUACAUUUAUUGUAUAUCAUGUUUAUGAGAGAAUUUGGAGAGAGUCUGUAGAAUUGCUGUAUAUGUCUCUGUAUAAUUUGAUAUUGGAUUUCCUUAAUAAACGGUAACCGUAAAGGUGUGC